CCAACCUCAAGAUAUCCUAAUCAUUUUCUAUCCCCCAGUCUCCUACAGUUAAAAACACAAAGACCCAUCUAUCUGCUGUCCCCGAACAACCCAAAGCACAUACACACUCUCUCUCUCUCCUUCUCUUUUCUCUCUCUCUCUCUCUCUCAAAGUUAAGUUUAUUGAUGUGGGUCUUUGCAGGUUAAAUGGAUACCUUGUUUAGACUAGUCAGUCUCCAAUCUGAUCACCAUCAAUCUUUCAACAACUCAACCACCACCAGAACCUCAACACCAACAACUACCACCACUACUUCCAGCAGCUCUAGAUCCUCCUUCCUCAGCCCCUCUCAUCAAAACCCUCACCCUAAUUACCCCCACCAAAACGACGACGUCGAAGAAUGCUUCAACUUUUUCAUGGAUGAAGAAGACUUCUCCUCGUCUUCUUCCAAACACUACUACCCAUCAAAUCACCCAACCCCGCCAACCCCAAACCCUCUCCUCACCACCACCACCACUCCCACACCCACAGAUUUCUCCUUCUCACCCGCCCUCAUCAACUUCGAGCUCUCCAACGGCAAGUGGGCCCCGGAGCUCCUCUUGGAGACCGCCAAGGCCAUCGCCGACAAGAACAGCUCCCGCGUCCAGCAGCUCAUGUGGAUGCUCAACGAGCUCGGCAGCCCGUACGGCGACACCGACCAGAAGCUCACCUCCUAUUUCCUCCAGGCUCUUUUCAGCCGCAUGACCGACUCCGGCGACCGCUGCUACCGAACCCUAAUAUCCGCCUCGGAGAAAACAUGCUCCUUCGAGUCCACCAGAAAAAUGGUGCUCAAGUUCCAGGAGGUCAGCCCUUGGACCACUUUCGGACACGUGGCGUGCAAUGGGGCGAUCAUGGAAGCCUUCGAUGGAGAGCCCAAGCUCCACAUAAUCGACAUCAGCAACACUUACUGCACCCAGUGGCCGACGCUGCUCGAGGCCCUGGCCACCCGAACCGAUGAGACGCCGCACUUGCGCCUCACUACUGUGGUCGCCACCAGAGCCAGUGACGGCUCCGGUGGUGCACCAGCGCAGAAAGUAAUGAAGGAAAUUGGCGCCAGAAUGGAGAAGUUCGCCCGAUUGAUGGGCGUGCCUUUCAAAUUCAACGCCGUACAUCACUCGGGCGAUCUCUCCGAGCUGAAUUUAUCAGAGCUGGAUAUCAGAGACGAUGAGGCCCUGGCCGUCAACUGUGUUGGCACUCUACACUCAAUCCAAGCCGUUGGAAACCGGCGUGAUUAUUUGGUGUCUGCGUUCCGUAGCUUGAGACCGAGGAUCAUCACUCUCGUGGAGGAAGAGGCUGAUCUCGACGUUGGGGUUGACGGGCUUGACUUUGUCCAUGGCUUUCAAGAGUGCUUGAGAUGGUUUAGGGUUUACUUCGAGGCGCUGGACGAGAGCUUCGCCAGGACCAGCAACGAGCGGUUGAUGCUCGAGAGGGCAGCUGGUCGAGCCGUGGUCGAUUUGGUGGCCUGCGCGCCGUCAGAGUCUGUUGAAAGGCGCGAGACCGCCGCUCGCUGGUCAAGGCGAAUGCAUGGGGCCGGGUUUAGCCCCGUGACGUUUAGUGAUGAGGUGUGCGAUGACGUACGCGCCUUGUUGAGGAGGUACAAGGAAGGUUGGGCAAUGACACAGUGCUCGGAAGCCGGCGCUGGAAUAUUCCUUUCGUGGAAGGAUCAGCCAGUGGUUUGGGCCAGCGCUUGGAGGCCUUGAUAGACGGUGGCCGGUGAUCGAUGAUCAUAUAUAUUUUCACACGUGUGAUUGGUUUUUUGUGGCACGUGUGCAUGAAAUAUGGAGUCUGUGAGUAAGGAGUCCUCUUCUGUUUGAAAGAGGGGAGGGAGGGGGAUAAUAGUGCUUGGCUUGAAUAGAAUUAAGUAAAUUAAUUUUCAUGGGUUAUUAAUCAUUUGUGAUUUUUUUUCUUUCUUGAUUUUUAUUGAAAGUUGAAUAGGUUGUUUUAAUGCUGGUUUUGUAUUUUUGAAUAUCAUCUUUGUGGGCAAAUGCCCUAUUUUAAUUUUGUUUA